GCAUUCCAAAGCCCACCUACCUGCCUUGUUCCUCCUGAAUAUCCAUGGAGGUAGUAAGAGUGCAGAACGUGGCCUCUUUGUCUCAAGAAAAUAUCCCGUCCGAGUUCACCUGGUCGGAGACGGAGCAACCCGGCCUCACCACCCUUCACGGGGUUCACCUGCAGGUUCCGACCAUCGAUUUCAGCAACCCCAAUGAGGAAGAGCUGGUGUCUCAGAUUGUGGAUGCCAGUAGCCGUUGGGGUAUGUACCAGAUCGUGAACCAUGGGAUUCCUCAGGAGGUUAUAGCCAAUCUGCAGGCGGUGGGCAAGGCUUUCUUCGAGCUUCCUCAACAAGAGAAAGAACUCAUUUCUAAGGUUCCUGGCUCCGUCGAAGGUUACGGCACUUCGCUUCAGAAGGAGAUUGACGACAAGAAAGGUUGGGUUGAUCAUCUGUUUCACAAAGUCUGGCCUCCUUCCGCCAUUAACUAUCGCUUCUGGCCCAAGAAUCCUCCUUCAUACAGGGAGGCGAACGAGGAAUACGUGAAGAAGCUGCAUGGGGUGGUGGAGAAGCUGUUCAAGAGUCUGACAAAAGGGUUAGGGCUGCAAGGGAACGAGAUGUGGGAAGCGGCCGGCGGCGACAAAUUGGAAUACCUUCUGAAAAUCAAUUACUAUCCUCCGUGCCCCCGCCCUGAGCUGGCGCUUGGGGUCCCACCUCACACCGACAUGUCCACCUUCACCAUCCUUGUCCCCAACGAAGUCCAAGGCCUUCAAGCCUUCAGGGACGACCACUGGUACGAUGUUCAAUACAUCCCUAACGCCCUCGUCAUCCACAUCGGCGACCAACUUGAGAUUCUGAGCAAUGGCAAGUACAAGGCGGUGUAUCAUAGGACAACUGUGUGUGACAAGACCAGAAUGUCGUGGCCUGUGUUCUUGGAGCCUCCCUCAGAUCAUGUCGUAGGGCCUCUCCCUAUGCUUAUUAACGAUCAAAACCCACCCAAAUUCAAGUCCAAGACUUACGGCGACUAUGCAUACUGCAAGCUCAACAAGAUUCCUCAGUGAUUCUUCAUGUGCCUUGCUCCUCUUCCCUUAUAGUUUGUGUUGAUCACUUAGGUGCAGGGUUAUUGUUAUACAAAACCGUGCAUGUAUCCCCACAGAAUAACGAUGGGCGUCCCGUAAUCCUUUGUUUUGUAAUACUAUUGCACAAUAAAUGCAAUUCAUAGCUUAGCUACUAGCUUCUGUAUUGACUCCGUCAAUUUAAUAUCCAAUGAAAACAGUGUUUUCAUAUUAUAU